AUGGCAGCUCUGUCACUCAUACUCUUAUUUGCCUUGUUUAGACAACAUAUCGUGGCAUUGCAGGUCACACCAAACUCUCCUUGUGCUUCCUUCUGUCUGGACUCAAAUGACCUCGACUUCUCGGACCCCAAGUCAUCCAACACGGAGAAUAAGGAUAUUACUUGUUAUGAUGACGAGUACAAGACAUCGCCAGCGGGGCAAAAGUUUCAGAGGUGCAUGAGCUGUCUUCAAGACAGCACCUUCGCUCAGGGCAGUGAGAACGACCAGUCCUGGUUUCUGUACAAUCUCAGAUACACAUUUGACUACUGCGUCUUUGGCUAUCCCAACGCCAGCGGAGUGGCGUCAACACCGUGUUCGACAUCAACUGCGUGUGGAGGCCUUGAGACGGCCUUGACCAGUGAUAAUCUCGAUGCCAAUGGACUGGCCCCGUACGGUUACUGUGCCGCAGACGGUGGUGCUAUGAAAGGCCCGUCGGUCUCGAAAUGCGUGGCCUGUGUGGCCGCAUUGGAUGGCCAAGAUUACUUGGCCAACUUCAUAAUUGCUCUCGACACAGGGUGUCAGCAACAACCUAUGGUCGGCACAGUUGUAGGACUGAACGACACUAUCUUCUCCACGACCACGAUUGCCGCGGCGGAUCCCACAACCUCAGCAGCAGCUUCCAGCAAUCAGCCAGUACUAUCAACCUCGACAAUAGCUGGAUUAGUCGUCGGCAUUAUAGCUCUGGUUGUCAGCGUUGGUGCUGUCUUGUUCAUCCGCCACCGGAAGCGGCGCAACCGACGUUUGCGUCUCGAGGGCACACCUAACCUCAGUGGCUCAAAGCGCAGCAAUCACCGACCUGCGUCCUCCCUUUCCUUCCGCUGCCAGACGCAUCUGUCGCCUCGAUCUCCGCAAUUCUUCCCAAAUGUCUCUGAGUCAUCCAUCCCAGAAGAGAAGCCCUAUGUUGUCUCCAGUGCAGCACCGGGUUCCAACCCCGUGUCACCGGAGUCGCCAGUCUCGCGGCAUUUCAUGUGGUCGGGAAAGCCAGGCUUUCGAUCCAAGCGCACGUACCGCGGCGGCGAUUCCAACGGCCUACCAUUGCACAACAUUGCGACCUCAAUACCGCAAAUUCCCGGUCAUGUGUAUUCACCCAAGGGAGGCGCCAGAGGCUACUCGCCCACGGACGACAUGGUCACUCCAGCAAGCACGACCAGCACCAAGAGCACGGCGCAACUAUUGCCGAUGAAACCGUAUAGUCCCGCAGAGUACGGUGUUAUCGCACCACGAAUUGGGCGUGGUGACAGUGCCGGUGCUGAUGCAACGUACACCAGUCCCACCUCGGGGUCAACGGCUAGCCCCCUACUCAGUCGAACAUGGGAUCAGAGAGCGCCGACGUGGGACAAGCCGCUCCCGCACCGUGUCUCAAACCGGCCGAGCUCUAGCGUAGUGUCUACUAUGCUCGGCUUGGGUGGCAAGGAGAAGAGCGUCAGCAAUACGGGGAGUCCUGUUGAGUCUAAGAAGAUUAGCACUAGUUUUCCUGCUCCACCACCACCUAAAUCAUGA